CCCUAAAUUCCUAACUGACCACCCGGCCGCCCAUUGCACCCGCCACCACGCACGGCCUUAUCCGAUUCUCGUCUCCCGUCCUCCCUUUCUCACACACAAAACACUAGAAGCGAAAGGAUGCGAUCCACAAAGAACCUCUUCUUCUUCCUCGUCGUCGUCGUCGUCGGCCUCUUCCUCCCAACCGUCCGGGCCGUCACGGGCGAGGUCGUCAGCUGCCCCGCGUGAACCCUCAACAAGCACAAGGAGCUCCGGGCCUUUCUCAAGGGCGAUCCCAAGAGGGGGAUCGACGGAGAGAUCCGGCAGUACUCGGGCGUCACCAUCAACUGGAUCCGCGGGAAAAAGGCCGUCCUGACCAUCARGGACGACACCGGAUCGACCCUGGAGGAGGUCAAGCUCUACRACCUGAAAACGAGGGAGGAGAUGCACAAGCUCAUGGCCGACAAGGGMUUUGAAAARAAGUCCCGGGCCGAAAAGAUGGCCGAGAUUCAGGCCAAACAGGUGGAGCACCAGCUCAAGGGGAUGGAGUCCUCCGUGUACCAGACGGCGUCCUCCCUGUACCUGGUGGUGUUUGUGAUUGCCGGCGGUAAGAUCGAAACGGGCGCGGCGCGGCGCGGUGUGGCAGACAGAGGCCCGUUCCGCCCUGCCGCGUGGCUGUGUUGCGUUGGGUUUUGGCUUUGCAUUGUGUUGUUUUUUUUGUUUUGUUUGUGGAUUCGUCCCCCCCUUGGACACCGUCGAACCGAAAUCGUUCGGGCACCGAACGCAAUCGAUCUCACCCGAAACAACAACUGUUUGCCGUUCUACAACCUUGGUUUUUUGUCGCACCGAAUGCACGCUUCCUCUUGUCGUCGCCUGCCAGUGGGCGGGUUGUUUUUCUGCACCGCGAGUGGACGAACAAAACGAAGAAUGGCGGGUACUGGCGGCGGCGGCGGUGUGGUGUCGCGGGUGUAGUGGUGCGAUGCCCAACACAACCCAAGCAUCGCCGCCGAGCUAAGCUACGCGACGCGACGCACGUUUUGCUCGGAAGCAAGCGAAAAAGUGCAAAAUUCUCCGCCGCAGAGCCCCUUCCUGCCCACAACGAAAGGAAGGACCAGAGCCAUCGAGCGAUCGCCGUGCCCCCCCGCGACACCGGAAUGACGGCGCUCUCCCCCCCCCUCGGCCACCCCGGCGGUUUGCAAGGGGAGGGAGCGCGCCCGAGCGCGGUGGUUGGCCGAUGGGCAUCGGUGUUUGGCACGCAACGCGCAACGCAACGCACGCACGCACCAAUAUUACAUUCGAUCGAUCGCGGUUUGGUUUCCGCGGUGAAUGACGAGGUUUCUCGCUCCCGCCCCGUGCUUUGCUUUGCCACCCAUGGGGACGGAGGACGAGGCCCUUCCGARAACCGGAGAGCCGCGGUCGAAACGGGGUCCGAACGGCGGGCGGGCAACCGAUGGGGCGAUCGAGGAAGAAGGUGGGCGAAAACGGUGGUCUCGUGGUUCCGCCGCUGGCGAGACGGAUUCCGGUCGAACAMACCGAUCGAUGCGCUUCGUGUCCGGAUMGAAACGAAAA